UUCGAGCAUUUUCUGCGCUGUGCAAAUACCGGAGGAGCCGACGCUUCUGGAAGCAGCGUGCACCGACAUCCACCGGCGACAGACCUGCCCCGAGCGGCCCACCUGCCACCGAUCUGCUGUAUUUACUCACCCAACACCAUGGCGAAAUGGGGAGAAGGAGACCCGCGGUGGAUUGUGGAGGAAAGAGCCGAUGCCACAAAUGUCAACAACUGGCACUGGACUGAGAGAGACGCCACAAACUGGUCAUCAGAGAAGCUGAAGUCGCUGCUGGUGGGUCUGAGCGUGGAGAACGAGGAGGGGACGUGUGAGAUCACAGAAGUCGGUAAAUGUGAUGGAGAGGCUUCAAUCAACAACCGUAAAGGCAAACUCAUUUUCUUUUACGAAUGGAACCUGAAGGCAACAUGGACCGGAAAAACAAAAUCGGGAAUCAAAUUUAAAGGCUCAAUUGAAGUUCCGAACCUAUCAGACGAGAACGACAUGGAGGACCUCGAUAUUUCAGUGUCGCUGAAUAAAGAUGAACCAGACACGCCGCUGAUGAAGCUGAUGAAAACCAAAGGGGUUGAUAAAGUGCGAGAGGCUUUGGGCAGCUACGUGGGCUAUUUAAAAACAGAAUUUACAGCGGGAAUGAUCCUUCCGACGGCAAAUGGUGUGUCCAAAACUCAGAGCACUUCACAAUCGAAAGCCAAGAGUGAUAGAACUCAGAUUUCUGGUCCAUGUAACACGACGGCUCCAGCGAACACCGGAGUCAAAAUCCCAACGUGUAAAUUUAACAUGAAAGAAACGUUUCUCACGUCUCCAUCUGAGCUCUACAGGGCCUUUGUGAACCAGGAGAUGGUCCAGGCUUUUACCCGAUGUGCGGCGACAGUGGACGCAGAACGAGGAGGCAGGUUCAGACUGCUCGACGGAAAUGUUUACGGUGAAUUCAUAGACCUGGUCCCUGAUGAGAAGAUCGUGAUGAGAUGGCGGUUUAACAACUGGCCCUGUGAACAUUACGCCACCAUCUCCCUGACGCUUGUGGACCGCAGCAGUGAGACAGAGCUCCAGGCCGAGUUCAGAGGGGUCCCCGAGAACGAAGAGGAGCGGACGAAAGACGGAUGGAAGAGAUACUACUUCGAAAGCAUCAAAAUGACUUUUGGCUUCGGGGCACGACUUUACUGAUAACACCACCUCUCCCGCCCGCUCCACUGUUUGUUUGGAUUUUAAAAACAAACCGUUAUCCUUGAAUUUUCGUCUGUCCGCCGCUGGAUCAUCCGAAAAAAGACUGAAAAAUGGGGAGAAACAGACGUUCACCCACCUCUGUGUAUGUGUAUAUGUUUUAAUUUGUAUUUAAUUCAGUGUUUUCGGAUGUUUUUCCAGAAGGAUCUGUGCCUUUCAGGGCGUCAGAACGAAUGCGUGAAAAAAAAAGAAAAAGCUGUCUCUUAUUGAACCACUCAAACAUUGGCUUAAAGCUACACUGUGUAACUUUUUUGAUUUCUUCAUAGAGAUGCCAUUGCUUUGUCUGGAAUAUUCCACAGUAUGACAUUAAACAACUCUACUUUACAUUUACUCUUUUACGAACACCUAGAAAAACAGGCAUUGUGACUCUGAGCAGGGUCACCUCUCCACAGAUCUGACCUGUAACACCAUCUGGUUUGGUCUCUAUGAAGAUAGAAAGGUUUAAUGCCAUACUGUGAAACAUUCCAGACAAAGCAAGAACAUCUCUAGGAAGAAAAGCAGAAAAGUUACACAAUGCACCUUUAAAAAAAUACUCUAUCUAAUGCAAAGGAAUACAUUUUUAGUUUAUUUGGUAAGUUGUUGCUUUGGAGAUGUAUUUUGUACACUGCUGUAGCUCUGUAGUUUUGCAUGUUUCUCUUUUGGGUCGAGCAGAUGGAGGAAGGAUGUUUUUUUGUUUUUUUUUAUAUAUAAAAUGGGGUUGUAUGGAACGUUAGUGUUAAUACCUCACUUUUAUUGUCAAAAGAAAAUGAGAUACUGAAACUAGAUCCUCAAUUGAACAAGAAUUAAUAAUAAAAAAAAUAUUAUUUAAGCAGGGCAGCCAGUCUUAUACAAGCUUUCUCACAUCUAACGCAAAGUCACAUGGGUAAUUAUGGGUAGUUUUGAGAUUCUAGAAUGUGAUGAGGCAGGUUUCUCUAUUGAUAACAUGCAAUGAGUUCACCAAAAAAAUAAAAAUAAAUGCACAAAUGCGCCAUAUAUCAUUUAUAAUAUUUACUAAGCCCAAGAACUUUAUUACAACAUAACUUAUUUUAGCUGCAUCCCAUCUGUGUUAAAGGUGCAUUGUGUAACUUUUCCAUCAAAUACUUUUCGCCAUAUAGAUGGUAUUGCUUCAUCUGGAAUGUUUCACAGUAUGGCAUUAAACCUUUCUAUCUUUACGGAGACCAUACCAGACCAAGUUAUAGAAGGCCAGUUUUUCUAGGAAUUUUUCAGCUAUAAAAGCUUUAUAAUAAUGCAAGGUAGAAAAAGUUACACAGUGCGCCUGUAAAUAUUAUUGAUCGAUAGAAUGUUGUGAUGUCCUAUGAAACCAGCAAUUGUGUUAAAUAAUACAUUCAGUUGUCCAAAAAGAGCCCUGGUAUUAUCAUUGUGGUAUCAAAAUUGAGUACUGAGCCAAUUCCUUUAGUAUCGACAUGGAGUUUUAGUUUUGUGACAACAUUAUUACUUCUUUAAUUAGAUUUGAAGUGACAAAUCAAUGAAACCUUAGUGAUUUGUUAAAGGGCCCAUAUUACACUAUUAUAAUUAAUAUAAUAUUAUUAUUAAUAUUGUUUUUUAUUCAGGAUUUAAUAGGAUUGUGUGGAAAUGACCUCUGAUACCUUCUGACCUGUGCUCUAGUGUAGUUUCCUCAUCACAAACAGACCUGGAGUUGUUUUGUUUCAUUCACAUGUUUAAUACACAAACCCUACAGAUUUACACCACUGAGUACUUCUCUCAAUCAGAAAACACUCUGUUAAACCUUGUGAUGUACUGUAGUAAUACAGGAAGUGCUCCACUGUGUUUUUAAACUCUAUUCACCUUCACUAGAAUCAUUUGGAUGAUUUCAGACCUGGAAUUUCUCAUUUCUACUAAACAAAAGAUGAAAACACUACCGCUUCAUGACAUCACAAGGUGGAGCAGAGUAUUUUGACAUUUAGAGAUGUAGACAGACAGUUAAUAAAGAGUUACUCAACCAUGUGUGAAUGAAACAAAAGACAAAUCCAGGUCUGUUUUUGAGGAGGAAACAGCAUUAAAACAUGACUUGAAGCUUACAAAAGUAAUUUUUGUAUAAUAUAGGACCUUUAAUACAUAUAACUGACUGUAGCCCUCAGGAGUUUAACAGGCUAUGUUUCCUACAACCUAGUUUCGUUAACGUUAGCAACGCAACACCUCAGGCACAGAUUCAGCUCCAGGCUCAGUAUAGUUUGUUUCAUAUUCAGGUUAACUUUCUUGUCUUGAGUCUAGUUUUCCUAGUUUGUCACCUACAAUUCUCCAUUUACUGUUUGCCAAAAUGAGCUAAAAUGUAAUUCUCAGUUAUCAGUCAUUGAUUAGGAGAAGAGCUACACAAUUACAAAUAAAUAUUGCAAUAAAAUAUAAUUCUGAAACUUACAUAUUCAACCAUCUACAGCUCAGAUCUUACCUUAUUACAUGAAAAUGGUUAAAACUUCACCACUACUGCAAAUAAAUCGUACACAUGAUCAAUACUGAUCUCCAAAACAUAGUUCCAGCUUUCAUAUAUUGAACAAUAAGCUGAUAUAGUGAUUAUUGUGACAAGUUUAUUACUCAUCAUCACAUUUGGAAUGGAUGCAAUUAACAAAUGGUAAAGGCUGCCAUUUUGAGUACCACGCUUUCCUCCACAAACAUUGAAAUCUCCUGUCUUAUCCUGCAUAAAACCUGCUCACCCUGUAGUUUAUAUCUUAACAAACAUGUUCUCACAUAUUAUUCUUGUAUUAGUUUUUUGACAAUUCUUCCAGACUCUGUUAAAAUGUAAACUUUGUACAGAAUCCUUAUUAAAACGUAAACCUCAGUUGAAAUGCUUCUCAGAAAAGUCACAUUUAGACAUUUUUCACUAAUAGUUCAGCCCUAAAUGCACUGUAAAGCUCUCCAUCAAAUACUCUAUAAACAAAUGCAAUAUUAUUAAAAUGUAUUGUAUACCAAACAGAUACGCACACUUUGUUUAUAUGAAGUAAAAGCUCUCAAACAUUUAUUUAACAUGCAGGGACCAGGCUCUCCCUUUUACAGUCAGCUACAUGUGGUCACUGCAGAAGGCUGUGUGGGUGGAGUGUCUUGCUCAAAGGCUCAACAGCAGUGUGUCACAGGAUUUGAACAUCUAUUCUGCAUUAUUACUUCUUAAUAAUGACCAAUGCUUAAGGUUAAAAAUAUCUGAAAUAAUAUUACACUGUUGGUUUAAGAUGCAGUGUGACUAGGUUUUAUAGACAAGAAAUGUUCAAAUAAAAUGUCUAAUGGUUCUGUAUUACACACAAUUAGGGUGACCAGAUUUUUCAAAUCCAAACUGGUACACACCUGGGUUGGGUUGGUAUAAAUAAAACUGUGUAAAGAGUGUGUAAGAUUAUGCAUGCUCAUGUCAGUCAUGAUCUGAGGGGCUUUUGUCACUGCAUUUAUUUUAUUUUUUUUGCUUUAUGGUCAUUUGCAAACACAUUGAAACAAAUGACAAUUUAUGCUCCUCUUAACUGUUGGCAGGAACCAGAUUAGUCAAAAAUUGUGUCCUGAGACCUGAUGUAGUCCUGGUUUAGUUCUAGUUUAGUCCUGUUUUAGACCUGGUUUAGAUCAAAUUGGUCAGAAAAUAGGGACAAGACAUUUCUUGAAUAAAACUGGGACAAAUCACUGGUUUUGUAUAAAUCUGCAGGGACAAAGGACACAGGGCUCAACAACUGGGAUUGUCCCGGGUAAAUAGGAACGUCUGGUCACUCUACACAAAAUGGACUCUUUUAGCCAUGUUAUAAUGUUACAUCCUCAAAAACAUACCUGGAGUUUGAGUAACCCUUUAUUAAUUUGUCUAUAUCUCCAAAGUUCAAAAUGCUCCUUGUGAUGUCAUGACGCAGUAGUUUUCAAGUCAACCUUUACUUUUACUUUCUUACUUUUUUCAGUAGAGUUGUCGGCAGUUCCAGGGCUGAAAUGAUCCAAAUGAUUCUAGUGAAGAUGUGUGGAGUUUAAAAACACAGUGGAGCACUUCCUGUAUUACCACAAGACAUCACAAGGUGGAACAGAGUGUAAAUAUGCCUAAUUCUGCAUGGUUUGUGUGUUAAACAUGUGUGAAUGAAACAAAACACAACUCCAGGUCUGUUUGUUAUGAGGAAACUACAUGACAACAGAGAUCACAAGGUCUAAUAAGAUGAUAAGAGAUCAUUUCCAUACAACCCUAUUAAAACUUGAAUAACUUUGAUAUUGUUCACAGCAGUUCACCUUUACUGUACAGACAUUUUGUUUCUUUGUCCUAAAUACUGUGUUUUCUGUCACGUAUCAUAUUUGUUCAUAUUUGUGUAAAAUUUGAGAUCUGCGGGUUAGCUAGCGUUAGCAUUAGCUAGCGUUAGCAUUAGCGUUUGCAUCAGCGUCAAGUCAAAGAGUUAUAUUGGCUUAAAAAUGUACAUUUAGACAGAUUUAUUCAAGUUAAAGCUUCACAAAAUGUACAAAUGAUAUUAGGGAAUAAACAAUAAUGUCUGCUUUUUGUUUUA